AUGUCACCUCCAGGUCAACCGACACCUGCAGGAUCUGCUGCUGCCGCAGCCGCUCUACCCACCAUCUUGCCCCUCGAGUUGAUCGACAAGUGCAUCGGAUCGAGCAUCUGGGUCAUCAUGAAGACCGAUCGAGAAUUUAGUGGAACCCUGUUGGGCUUCGAUGAUUACGUCAACAUGGUGCUUGAAGACGUGACAGAGUAUGAGACUACGCCGGACGGCAAGAAGAAAAAAACCAAACUCGGCCAAACCCUGCUCAACGGCAACAACAUCUGCAUGCUCAUUCCGGGAUCCGAAGGCCCCGAAGACUCGUAA